AUGCACAUGGAAGAGAAGGGACAUGAAUGUACACAUAAGCCAGGGAAUGCCAACUGCCACCAGAACCUGGAUGGAGCAAGGAAUGAAUUCUCCCAGAAACUCCUGAAGGAAGUACAGCCCAGCCACCACCUUGAUUUUCGAUGUGUGGCCUCCAUAACUAGAAGGGCGGGCGACACGGCGGUGGCCGUGGUGGGCUGCGUGCUGCGGCGGUUCCAGCAGAUGGUUCCUUUAUCAGCUUCAGGGCAAAUUCGAGGUUACUACCUAGACUGGAAAACGUCGCGUGAUUUGAAGAGAGGAAAACUGGCCUAUGAGUAUGCAGAUGAGAGGCUACGGAUCAAUUCGCUGAGGAAGAAUACCAUUUUACCAAAAGAUCUUCAGGAAGUGGCUGAUGAAGAAAUUGCUGCCCUUCCCUGGGAUAGCUGUCCUGUUAGAAUCAGAAACCGGUGUGCUAUGACGUCCCGGCCACGUGGUGUGAAGCGGCGCUGCAGGCUUAGUCAUAUCGUCUUCUGUCACUUAGCUGACCACGGGCAGCUUUCUGGGGUGCAGCGAGCAAUGUGGUAA